AUGUACAUCACCCUCUACUACAUAGUCACCCGGCUCCCUGACUCCCUUCGCUCGGUCAGGGACCACUUCCUCACUGUUUGCCCCACCACACUCACUCUUGACCUCCUCGAGGAACGCCUCCUGGCACCUAAGAAGAGUAUAGUCACAAUAGGAGCCUUUAGAGGUGACCCGCGUGCCCUUGUCUUUGAGGGGUGCUCCCCCUCCCCCCUUUUGCCCUCUGUUGCCUCUGCUGCUGCCGUCGACUUCGUUGGCACCGAGUUGGUCGGUGCCGCGUCUGCCCCUAGCGGAGGACACCGCACCGGCAAGGGCAAGGGGGGCAAGGGCGCUGGAGGGGCUGGCGGGGGCGGUGGAGGUGGAGGUGGAGGAGGCGGAGGGAGUGGGGGUGGUGGUGGGAGUGGUGCCGGGGGUGGGGGCUCCGGUGGCGGCGGUCGCGGCGGAGGCGGCGGCAGCGGUGGCGGAGGGAGCGGAGGCGGCGGCGGUGGCGGCGGUGGCGGAGGAGGUGGAGCUAGUCGGGGUGGAUCUACGAAGCGGGGCGGCUUAGGUGGUGGUGAGAGCCAACAGCAGCAGCGUACUCGUGAGACCCUAUCCCCGCCCGCGUCCGUGGACAGGGUGUGUCCCAGGUAG